AUGAGUGCGCCUCCGGAGAAGAAACAGAAGCCAGAGCAGCCCGACAGCCAGACGGCAACAUCGCCAAGCGAGACGAUACAAAAGAAAUCGACAGAGACAUUUGAUGGGACAGCAGAAAAGUCUACAAGAGAGGUACCCAGAGAGGAAAUGUUCCGCCCGCCAAUCAACCGCGCUAUGCGCGUGCUAGACCGGCCUUUCUUCCGCAAAACGGUCCCCCUUUCUGCCGCACGGGUGCUCGAGAACCGCAACAUUGCCAAGUGCCGGUCCGCGCUGGAGAAGAGCAGAGAGGCGCUCCAGCUGGACCGCAUCACGAUUAUCAGACCGGACCCGGAGCCCGAGAUUGCGGCCCAGGGCAAGAAGUGUUUGCUCUUGGAACCAGAAGUUAGACAUAAUGAUGCAUCCACAUGGGGCCCCGUGCUCACUGAGCUGGCGCAAGCAGAAAGCGUGCGUGUCAUUCCGUACAAUCUUGAGCUAGAAUACGAGUAUUGGACAUAUCACGACAUCAUGACCUCGAUCCUGCCCGAGGACGAACAAGACGAGCUUCCCACGGGCUUCAGCAUCGUCGGGCACGUCGCGCACCUGAACCUGCGCCCGGCGUACCUGCCAUACAAGCACCUCAUCGCCAGCGUGCUCGUGGACAAGAACCCGUCCGUGCGCACAGUCAUCAACAAGACCGACGACGUCGGCACCGUGUCCGAGUACCGCACAUUCUCGUACGAGCUUCUGGCCGGAGACCCGUCGCUCGACGUGGUCGUCAAGGAAGGCGACUGCACGUUCCACUUCGACUACAGCGCCGUGUACUGGAACAGCCGGCUCAACACGGAACACCGCCGGCUCGUCGAGUCCUUUGCGCCGGGCUCCGCGGUGUGCGACGUCAUGGCCGGCGUCGGCCCCUUUGCUGUCCCCGCCGGCAAGCGCGGCGUCUUUGUCUGGGCCAACGAUCUCAACCCGGCCAGCUACGCCAGCUUGUCCGACGCGAUUGCCCGGAAUAAAGUCUCCCCGUAUGUCCGCGCGUUCUGCGGCGACGGCAUGGAGUUUAUUCGCUCCUCGGCGCAACAGCUUCUCCAGGCGGCGCAGGAUCCGCAGUCUGAUGUUGUGAUUAUGAGUAAACCUCCGCGCCGCAGCGAGCUUAAAGCAGCGAGCGCAGCGAGCAGUGCAGGCAGUGCAGGCAGUAAGGCCAAUGCAGGCAGUGGUACUGGUCCUGUCGUCCCUCAGCCCCCCAAAGAAAUCAAGAGGAUAAAACUCCCGCGCACAUUCCAGCACUACGUCAUGAACCUCCCCGCGACAGCUACUUCUUUCCUGCCCGCCUUUAUCGGCGUCUACGCCGGCCACGAGGACCUAUUUGAGCCCGAUCCUUCUUCUUCAUCUUCCUCUCCUUUGUCCUCUACCUCUGGGGCCGCCGCCGCCGCUACCUCUGGGGCCGCCGCUGCCGAUGCCGCUACCGCGCCAUCGACAGCACAACUGCCCAUGAUCCACGUGCACUGCUUCUCGACCAAAUCCGACGACAACCAGGACGCGUACGUCAAAAUCGCCGCCGAGCUCUCGGCGCAGCUGGGCCACGCGUUCGUCGCGCCCAAGGGCCGGGUGCUCGAGGGCGGCGCCAGUCCCGUGAGCGAGCGCGACGAGCUGGUCAUUCACGAUGUCCGCGACGUGGCGCCGCAGAAGAGAAUGUUUUGCGCGAGUUUCAGAUUACCACGGGAAGUGGCGUUUAGAAAAGUUUAG